AUGUCUGUUUCUAUUCGAUAUGCGCGCUAUCUUGUCUUUGCCUUCAUGGCAUUGGCGGUCUUCUUCCUCUUCUCAAAAUCCUCCAUCCCCAUUCCUACCACCAGUUUGACCUCCCCUGCAACGAAGACCCCACCGACUUACGACUCCGUCAAGUCUCAAAAACCCGACGUUAUCGGUUCGCACCAUGGCGAACGCGUUAAUGCCACCUUUGUCACACUAGCGCGCAACUCCGACCUUUGGGAGAUGGUCAAAUCUAUCCGAACCAUCGAAGAUCGUUUCAACCGCAACUACAACUAUGAUUGGGUGUUCCUCAACGACGACGAGUUUGAUGACGAGUUCAAAAAAUUGACCACCGCAUUGAUCUCGGGCAAAACCCAUUACGGUGUUAUUCCCAAGGAACACUGGUCGUACCCAGAGUGGAUCGACAAGGAAAAGGCCAAGGAUGCGCGCGAGGAAAUGGACCGCAAGAAGAUCAUUUACGGUGGUUCCGAGAGUUACCGUCAUAUGUGCCGUUAUGAGUCUGGUUUCUUCUUCCGCCAUCCACUCAUGAUGAACUAUGAGUACUACUGGCGCGUCGAACCUAGCGUCGAGCUCUUCUGUGAUAUCGACUCCGAUCCAUUCCGCUUCAUGAAGGAAAACAAAAAGAAGUACAGCUUCGUUAUCAGUCUGUACGAGUACAUGGCUACGAUUCCUACACUGUGGGAUAGUGUGAAGAAGUUCACGAGUAACCACCCCGAGUAUGUCUCCGAGGGAAAUGCCAUGGAUUUCAUCAGCGACGAUGGUGGAGAAACAUACAACAAGUGCCAUUUCUGGUCAAACUUUGAGAUCGGCAGUCUAGAAUGGCUUCGAUCCGACGCAUACAUUGAGUAUUUCACAUCUUUGGACAAGGAUGGCGGUUUCUUCUAUGAGCGAUGGGGUGAUGCACCAGUUCACUCUAUCGCUGCCUCGCUCAUGUUGAAGAAAGAGGAGGUCCACUUCUGGGACGAUAUCGCCUAUUACCAUGUUCCAUUCACGCAUUGCCCAACGGAUGAGAAGAAGCGACUGGACUUGAGAUGUUCUUGCCAGGCGAAAGACAACUUCGACUGGAAGGACUAUUCCUGCACCAAGAAGUGGUUCGAUAUCAACAAAAUGCAAAAGCCAAACGGAUGGGAUAAGAAUUAUGACUGA